CCGGCCCACCCGCCGCCCACGGCCUCCGCGCCGGGCCCACGCGCGACCGCGCUGCAGAAGCUGUACAACGACGCGGUCGCCCACGUGCUGCGGGUGUGCAACUACGGCAAUUUCGCGAGCUGUUUCCCGACGCCGGCGGCGCAGGUACCCGGGGCGGUGCGGAACCUGCACGAGCAGUUCACGGCGAAGCUGGGCGACGUGCUGCGGCGGGAGUUCGAGGGCAUCCUGUUCGACCGCAACGUGGUGCCGAGCCUGAACGAGCUGGACCGCGUGGUGGAGGAGGCGCGCAGGAGGAAGGCGGCGGCCGUGGCGGAGGCCGCGGCGCGGCGGGAUGGAGACGACGACGGCGGAGGAGCGGUGCAGAAGCCGAUCCCGCCCCACACGUUGCCGGCGCGGCAGUUGUAUAUUUCGCAUCUGGCGCCUUCGUUGGCGACGUAUCAGGCGCAGAUGAGCGAGCGGCAGGACGCGUUGGGUAAGGAGAAUGCGGAACUUGCGGAGAGAAUUCUGCGGCAGAGAGCGGAGAUCGGGAGGUUGCUGGGCGGUUUAGAAAGUGUGGUGAGGGAUUUGAGCGGGAGUGUGGCUGCGCUGCAG